AUGUGCCGUGAACUGGAGAGAGAGAGUGAGAGUUUCUUCUUAUACUUGAGUUCGCCUUCUUCGUCUUCUUCUUCCCAUCUCCACUUUGUGUCAAAAGCGAAAACAGUAAACCAAGGCCCGACGACAUCUUCCUCUUCCCCGGCCCAACUCCAACUCAGAAGCAUUCGGGAAAUAAGUAACAGAAUCCACCGCCUACCCUUCUCCCCAAGAUCGACAAUAUGCCAAGCAGGUAACUACUCCUGCGCUCGCGACUACGGAAAUAGCAGCAGCAGCAGCUCUGCGAAUCCGAACUCAUACCAGUAUCCCAGCGCAAGCGGCUCAAUUCACUACUCAACCCCCAAGAGUGAGAGGUAUGAAAACGACGGCAACGGCGGUUCACCGUACACCUCGGCCAGCGGAUACCGAACAUGCUCCGGGUACGGCAAAAAGUAA